AAAGAAUAAUAUCUUGGUUUAACCAAUUUCUUUUAUUUUAAUGAUUUUUAUUCCAUAUGUUAAAUAUAUAAGUUGUUUGUGUGUACCAUCAAAUCGUUCACCAAGUCUUUUCAUACGUCUUGUUUUGUUUUUUAUUGUUUUUAUAACUAAAACUGAUCGUAACUGUCUUUAACAAAAUGGCCAUUGGGCGAAAGUCUAUCCAGACAAAAAAACUUAAUAAUAUAGUCUCGAAACCUCAAAGAAAAGUAAAGAUGAAAACAGAAGAUAAAUUCAAGAGAAAGAAAAAAAUGAAGAAAGUGCGGCCUCGUGUAUUCUUUGACGUUGAAGUUGGUGGUAUAGCUAUAGGAAGAAUAGUCUUCCAGUUGUAUUCUGAUCUGUGUCCAAUUACUUGUGAGAACUUCAGAUCUCUAUGCACAGGAGAAAAGGGCAUAGGAAAAUGUAUGAAGCCACUCCAUUACAAGGGAAUUGUGUUUCAUAGAGUUGUCAAAGAUUUUAUGAUCCAAGGUGGUGAUUUCACUGUUGGAAAUGGGACUGGUGGAGAAUCAAUUUAUGGUGGAACUUUUGAUGAUGAGAAUUUGGACCUCAAACAUGAUAGGCCAUUUUUACUGUCGAUGGCAAACCGGGGUAAAAACACUAAUGGAUCCCAAUUUUUCAUAACAACACAGGCUGCUCCACACCUCGACGGUGUGCACUGUGUGUUUGGCGAAGUGGUGUCUGGAUCUGCAGUUGUGAAGCACGUUGAGUCCUUGCCAGUUGACAGACUUAGCCGCCCUCUCCAAGAUGCCAAGGUGGUCAAUUGUGGAGAAUUGGUGCUCAAGGCAAAAGCUAAGAAGAAAUCUGAAUCGUCAUCAUCAUCUUCAUCAUCAGAAUCUUCAGAUACUGAAAGUGAAGAGGAGGAAGAAAAGAAAAAGAAGAAGACUGAUAAAAAGAAAUCCAAAAAGAAGAAAGAAAAGGCUGGUUCAAGCGAUGAAAGUUCAGAGAUUGAUGAAACACAGCUGCAUCCUUUAGUAACAAUUACUAAAAUUAAUCCUGAUGAAAUACCACAGGACCCCAAGAGUUAUUUAUAUCGUGGAGAUAAAGAAAAUGAUAAGGAUGAGAAAGAGAAGGAUAAGAGUAGUAAGAAAGACAAAGACAGAAAUCGGGAUCGGGACAGAGGAGAAUCAGGUAGUCGCAGAGAUAAAAGGGGACAGAAGUGGCAACCAUUCAGAGGUUACACCAAAUCUGGAAAGAAAAUAAAAGGCAGAGGGAUCCUCAGAUAUAGAACGCCAUCUAGAAGUCGUUCACGCAGCUUUACUCCACCUCACUGGAAGCAGGAAAUGAAAAGAACAAUAUCAUUUUCAGAAUAUCAGAAAAGGGAAGAAGAGCGAAAGAGACGAGAAGAAGCGCGUAAAAAGCGGCAUGAAGAAAAGGAAUCUGAAGAAAACACCCAGACUGAUGACAAGUAUGAAAGCAAUUCCAAACAGCGCGAGAAAAAAAUGGCUGCAGCAAUCGGAAAGAAUGAAAAUAAGGAAAAAGAAAGAGAAAAGGAAACAAGACGGGAGCGAGAUAGAGAGAGAAACAGCAGAGAAGAUAAACGAGAUCGUCCUCGUGAAAAAGAUAGGGUUAGAGACAGAGACCGUGAGAAGGAGAACAGGGGAAGAAAGGACAGGGAAAAAGAAAAGGAAAAUAACAGAGAAAAGGGAAGGGAUAAGGAUAGAGAAAAAGAAAAUAGAAAUAAAGACAAAGAAAAAGAAGACACUAAGAAUGAUCACAAGAAAGAUAGGCGACAUGCUUUAGAACCUCGUAAAGAGAAAGAUACGAGGCAUAGAAACCCUGAACCAAGAAAGAACGAUAAAAGUCGAGAUGACAGGAGGAGAUCGCGAGACCGAAGAUCUAGAUCUAGAGAUAAAAGAACAAAAAUUGAGCCACCAAAAUCUCGAUGGGAAGAAGGGAGUAAGAAAAGAUCAAGUUCAUCCUCAUCUUCAUCUUCAAGCUCUACUUCUUCUUCUUCUUCUUCUUCAAGUUCUUCUUCUGGAUCUAGGGCUAAAAGACGUAGGAGGUAGUCACAUUCUCACAACCAAAUUUAUUUUAUCAGCACUGGUUUUUCAUUUGUUUUAUUUCUGAUGACAGAAGUAUACUUGUAGUCAUGAAGUAAAAUUCUCGAUUCAGUUGGUACAUUUACCUAGUUUGUGUUAAUUUUUUUUUUUUUUUAAUAUGGAAUAGAUUUUUAACGUGUCUUGUUUUGUGUUCGACAUUGUAAUAAAUCAUGACUAGAUUUAUAUCACAGAAGAAAAUCUUAAUUUAAAUAAUAGUUUUUGAAUUUAAAAGUCAUCUUAUAUUUAUGAAUUUGAUGCACACAUUUUAUACCAAGCUAUGAAUGACACUUCAUAUUUUAAUUAUCAUUUAAUAAAACACUACAGGACCAAUUUUUCCCGAAAAUAAUUACAAAAGAUGUUAAUAAUUAUAUAGAGAGGAGUGCAAUUUGUCUGUUAAAAUAAUAUUGGUAACUUAGAAUGAAGUUGAAAAAUCUGAAAAUGAAGUUUUACAAUGUGGAAAAAAAUAGAAUUUUUAUUUUAUAUUAAUGUCAGGUGUUACCAAUAUUUGCUCAUUGCAGUUAUAUUAGCCAACAGUUUUAUCAUAAAUUUUGUUUAAGUAUAUUUGUGUUAAUUUCAAGUUAAUUAUUAGUUGCUAUACCUACAAUCAAAGCAAAUGGGUAAUAAUUUUAUCUGCAAGUAAUGCUUACAACUAAUCUUACUGAUGAAGUAGUUUGAUUUGUAAUCACAAGAUUGUAAAUAUAUGUAGUAUAUAUUUUGAAAUUUUAGAAUUUUUAUAAUGAGUUUGGGGAAUGUGAAAACCUGAAGAAAAAAAAAUUCUCUUUAUGUAUAAUAUUUUAGGAGUGGUUGUGUUUGUAAACUUUUAUAACCUUUGCAUAAAUUCUGUGAAGGUGUUAGUAUUCUGUUUAAUAUGUAUUACUGUAAAACAUACUGCUGUAUAUUCUUUAAUUUAUAAUCCUGCAUUUUUUCUGAUGUAUGAAAUAAAUAAUUAUCUGUUUA